AUGUCCAGCACCAGUGAUUCCGUGUCUUCUAUCAGCUACGUCACGAUGCAAAUCAAUCGUCAUGUCGCUUUAGUUGUACUUCUUUUUGGUACAGUGGGUAAUAUAGUGAACAUGAUAGUUCUAACAGUGAUAUAUCUUUGGUCAGCACUACCAACACGAAUUCUGGAAGGGUAAGAUAGAAGUGUGACGGUUUCUGCUAAUGAUAUAAAACCGUACAUAAAUAUGU